AUGACAAAAGACCUUGCGAGGAAACCACGUUUCACCAGAGCAACGGCAUCUAGCAAUCAUCAGAACGAUAUUUAUGGUCUCAAUGGAACCUCGGAUAUGCCAAUGUACUCGACAUUGAAGGCUUUAUAUGACGGCCAGACAUGGUUUGGUCCCCAAUACGCGCGUGGAUUGCCUGGUCGUAAAAGCAUUGAACGUUUUGAAGCAGUCAAACGCCUGAUUGAGGCUGUUCCUCCUACUUCUGAAGCGGCAGCGUCAACACCACCAGCAACCACAGACGACUCCAUGGUGACAACGACGACAGCAGCAGAUACAGAAACCAGGUCUACAAGUCCCUCGUCACCUACACCACCACCAUCAUCAUCCACAUCUUCUCGUUUUGAUCUUCGACCACGGCAUCAUCCUAUUGCACUUCCAACACAAUCUUUUCUCCAGUUUCCUGCAUCAUCCACAAGCGUACAAGGUGGUCCUGAUCAACGACGUCGUAUUCAAAAGGUGCAAAUUGGUUCAUAUCUCAUUGAUGUGUGGUAUCCGGCUCCUUAUCCUGAAGAGUACAGUCAACUGGAAGUACUUCACAUAUGUGAUUUUUGUUUGAGAUAUAUGAAGAGCGCAUUCAUCGCCAAACGACACAAGGCCAAAUGUCCAAUGAAGCACCCACCUGGCGAUGAGAUUUAUCGUGAUGGAAUACUUUCAGUCUUUGAAGUGGAUGGUCGAAAGAACAAGAUUUACUGUCAAAAUCUAUGCUUAUUGGCGAAGAUGUUUUUGGACCACAAGACCUUGUAUUAUGAUGUUGAGCCCUUUUUGUUUUACAUUCUCACGGAGACCGAUGUACAUGGAUGUCAUUUUGUGGGCUAUUUUUCAAAGGAAAAACAAUCGUUGUUGGAUUACAAUUUGUCAUGCAUUGUGACCUUGCCGUCUCAUCAAAGGAAAGGAUAUGGUCAAUUUCUCAUCGACUUUAGCUACAUGCUAUCACAAAAAGAGGGCAAAAUUGGAACACCGGAGCGUCCAUUAUCGGAUCUAGGACUUUUGAGUUAUCGCAAAUACUGGACACGUCGAAUAUGGGAAGAAUUGCAAAAGAAUCAUGGAAUCAUGAGCGUGGAAGAGCUGAGCCAAGCCGUGCAUAUGACAGUACAAGAUACAGUGGAUACGUUAGCAGCAAACAACAUGCUUCGGUUCAAUGAAAAGAGUGCAAAAUACGAGAUCCAAUUAUCCAAGAACAAGUUGCCCAAAUCACAAAGAGGCCCAACAGCCAAAAUGGAGUUAUUGACAUGGGCACCAUACAAGACCACCACGGCAAAUGGAGGUGAUACUGGGGAAGUUGUGAAUAUCCCGCGUGAAGCAGCAGCUGUGGCGGCAGCAACGCAUACUAUUACAUUACCAGCUCGAGGUAGAGGUCGACAUCGCAAAUCAUCAUCAUCCGGAUUACAAGACACUGGCAAGCGUAGGUCACGGAAAAGGAAGCUAGAAGAGUGA